AUGUUUCAUGUAUUAAAAGAAACCAUAUUUCUUCUACUAUUUUUUGCGGUAACGCAAAUUAUUACUGAUUCGGUUUCCGGUAUUCCGGUACGUGAAUUUCAAAUAAUUACUGAUCCUGAAAGAGCAGUAGUUGCUGAUGGUGAACCAAUCGAUUUAUUAGUUUCAUCACGUUUUGGUGAUAAACAAAAUAAUCAACGAUUAUUUGGAACAUUUUCGGCUGCGGGAAGAAAUUAUGAAACUUCUGGUGAUAUUGUACAG